AUAUCCCCUUAUAAUGCAAUUAACGGCACUACAACUACUAUUAUUCCACCCUGCUCUGCCUAUGCUAGCAAUAUAAAUAAUAAGCUCUUUCCUGCACUAGUUGGUAUUACUGCUACCACCGGGCUCUCGCCUGCCGUAAUUGUCGCGAUUAUAUUCUCCUGCACGCCUUAG